CGCCGGUCGGCACUGGAAAGUCUCUGAUGUCCCCUGCGGCCUUCUUCCACUCGGUUGUGCCCAAAUCCCCUGCCCCCCGAGAGAUGGUGGAGUCUCCUGUGCUUAGGUAUAGAAUUCCGGCGAAUGAGACAAGCAUCGAUAGUCCGGUCACGACUACCGCGAACAGGCGAGCGACGAGCCAGCAGAUUCGCAGAAAACAUGUCCCCACGGCACUGCCGAUUGCCGAAGCCCCGCGAACGGAGGCUAUGCCACUUUCGCCUCUCCGGUAUAGUGUGCUCAGGUGAGUUCCUCCGAAGAUUAACGACUUAUUCUGGCUUAAAGGCUUCCAUUUGUAGCACAACAGGUAUUCCGGGUCUGUCACCGUUCUCGCCCCAUCUAUCUCUGUCGCCAAUCACUGUAGCGAAGGUGGAAGAGGGCAAACUUGCAAAACUCGAGAAGCUGGAGAGGCUGGCACUGUACGCCACCAUCAGCGUCCCGCAGGAGCUGGUAUAUCCUUCCUUCGGCCAAGUAGAGGAGAACGCGGAACAAAUCACAUCUUUUCUUGAUUUGUACCACUUGCAUUCCUUUGAUGACGCGAAUUUCUCAAACAAGCGAUCCGCCGCACAGCGAGAAGUCCUGAAUGGAGGCGCUUUGCUGAGUGCCAAUGGCGGCGAUGGCACGAGCUGGAGGGUGAGCCGGGGGAUUUACAGCGGGAAACGUAGGAGCCGCUCUGUGGAAGGCUUAUAUUCGCUCGACGAUGCGUCGGAGAUCGCAAGUCCGCGGCGUAGCGCAGGACUUCGGCCUCUCCAGUCUCCCUCAUAUCCCGCUCGUCCCACAACGAUUAUGAGUGCCUUCACGAUCCCGGAAUAUCUCAUCUCGCCCUCAAUCUACUCCGAGGCAUCUGCUGAUCGCGAUAUCCACUUCGACGUCCCCAUCAUCGCGCCCCAGCACAGCCCAGGCAAGCUCGAGCGCAAACGCUCCAUCGCGCGUGCGAGACAGUCCAUCGUCGGCGCAGAUGCGAAGCUCAUGUCUCGCUUCCGCACGGAGUUCGGUACGCGUCCGCUCGAGUUCCCCCUGCCGCCGUUCCCAGCUCCUACAGGCCCAUUACCGUCUCCGCCCGUCUCGCCAUCAAUCCAAGACGUGCGAUCGCCCCGCGCGCCAUACUGGGUGAAGCGCUCGCUUCGUCCGCGAAGCCCCGCGCAAGCACAACAGCACCUCACCGUCGUUCAGGAGUCUUUCAUCAACUCCAAACGUACCUCGCGUGAUAGCGUUAACUGGGCGACUCCUCGUACUCGGAGGUCUGAACGACGGAUGGGCUGGGGAGGGCGUUGGAACCAAAGUUCCAUGGCUGGAGUGAUCGAGUCGCUGAAAGAAUUGUGAAGUUAGAGUAAGGGGGCAGGUUAGGUGGAGAUAUUCGCUGACAGCAUUAGUUCUAGUUGCUGAGUCAGAAAUUCUCACGAAAGUUUAGAACAUUCAUGUAGUGUCCCUAUGGUCCCUGGUCGACAACAUGACAUGAUCUGAUGCGCAUAUUUUCGCGAGGGAACGACGAGUGAGAUAUAU